AUGAAACGGGUGCUCCGUCGCUCCGCAUCAAAGCACGCGAGCACACUGUUCAAAGUUAUCGUUAUUCUUGUUUUAUGCUCUUUUAUUAUUUACCUGAGGUCUGAAGAUCAUGAAUUGCAAAAGAACACGGUCAUCCAUGGUCCCCGUUCCAAUUCAAAGGAGGAAGAGGAAGUGUUGAAACCGAACACGGACAAUGACCAAACGUUCGUAGCCGCAGUACUCGUCUUUUGUGCCACUAGGCCCGACGCUCUUAGAAAUCAUUUAUCUCAACUUUUAGCUCAACGUCCCUCACACUUUCAAUAUCACGUCAUCAUUAGUCAGGAUGGGAACAAAACUUCCGUCGCCCAAGUCGCAAGUCGUUUUGUCAAAGACUUCAAAAACGUAACACAUAUUCAACACGAGAAGACGGAAAUCAAAAAGCGGAACAACUACCCAGCAAUCUCGGCGCAUUAUAAAUGGGCACUGGACAAGGUUUUCAAGGAGUUCCGUUAUGAUCAUGUCAUUGUGACUGAAGAUGACCUUGACAUAGGUAAUGAUUUCUUCUCGUAUUUUCACUGGGGAAAACAAGUUCUCAACACUGACGACACCAUUUGGUGUGUCUCUGCUUGGAAUGACAAUGGCGGUAGUAAUAUUAUUGAUACAAAACGAGGCGAUUUGGUAUGGAGGACAGAUUUCUUUCCGGGAUUGGGAUGGAUGCUUAGCAGAGAGCUUUGGGAUGAACUCUCACCAGGAUUCCCUGCAGCAUAUUGGGAUGACUGGAUGAGAAAACCGGAAGUGAGAAAGAACAGAUCAUGUAUCCAUCCGGAAAUCAGCAGAACGUCACACAAUAUGAAACUCGCUGGGAAAGGAUCAAGCGGGGGAAUGUUCAAAGAUUACCUCAGCAAAAUAAGUGCAUCCAACGCAAAUGUAGACUUCUCGUUACUUCCAACUACAGUGGUUCUCAAACCUUCUUAUGAUAAACGUCUGAUAGAAGAAAUAGAGGAUGCGAAACCCAUAGACCUUCAGAACACCACAAAUAUGGAGAAAACCUACAAUUACAAAAUUCCCUAUAAAAACAUCAGAGAUUGGCAUAAACUUGCUGCCCAUUUCAAAUUAAUGACAGAUAUUCGAGGUGGAAUGCAAAGAACGGCCUACUAUGGAGUGGUUACAGUAAUGUACAACAUGUGUCGAGUGUUUGUAGUACCUGAAAGUACAUACCGAGAUCCGUCACAACUCACCAAUUAUGUUUAUGAUCCCGAUUGGGACAAACAAAAUAGAUUUAUCGAAUUCGAAACGUAUUACUGCAAAACCAAAAAGUUCAAUUGUCAUGUGACGACACGGGUGAUUGUCAACGUUCUUUUGAGAGAACAUUCAUUGGUCCGGUUCAGAUGUACGCUUGCAUGUCCGACCAGUCCACACGCCAAACUUGCUGCUGCAACUAUGACUUUUGUAACGGUGCUUCAAGUAUUAGUCGUUUUUAUUUAA